AUGGGUACCACUGGCCAGUCUAUCACGCUAGCCAAUAGCAUUAUCGGCGUCGGAAUAUUGGCUAUGCCAUUCUGCUUUCAACAAUGUGGUGUGUUAUUAGCUACUCUAAUUCUUGUGUUUAUGGGACUAAUCUCAAGAUUAUGCUGUUAUUUCCUUUUAAAAUCGGCUCUACUUGCAAGGAGAAGAAAUUUUGAGUUUUUAGCUUUUCAUGUAUUCGGACAAGCGGGAAAAAUUGCAGUUGAAGUUGGAAUCAUUGGUUUUCUAAUGGGAACAUGCAUAGCUUACUUUGUUGUCGUUGGUGACCUAGGACCACAGAUUGUAGCUAAAAUGUUCAACAUAAACCAAAGUGACAUACUAAGAACAUCAAUAAUGGUCAUUGUGUCACUGGUAUGUGUUCUUCCACUGGGGCUACUAAGAAAUGUGGACAGCCUGAGCAAUGUCAGUGCAGCCACCAUUGCAUUCUACUUCUGUCUUGUUAUGAAGGUAAUAUUUGAGGCUGGUUUCGUUAUGAUGUCGAGCGACUGGGCUUCACGCGUAGAGAUGUGGCGACCGGCUGGCCUGUUGCAAUGUGUACCUAUAUUCUCUAUGGCGCUCUUCUGUCAAACACAACUGUUCGAGAUCUUCGAGUCUCUGCCGAGCCUGUCCCUUGAGAAGAUGAACAUAGUCACUAAGAACGCGAUCAACAUUUGUACUGCGGUGUACUUUACGUUGGGAGUCUUCGGAUACGUGGCUUUUGCAUCACAUGAAAUAUCCGGUAACAUCCUAAUGAGCCUGAGUCCCACAAUGGCGAGUGACGUCAUCAAGCUCGGGUUCGUUAUGUCGCUCGCAUUCAGUUUCCCGCUCAUCAUCUUUCCGUGCCGAGCCAGUUUAUACUCUUUCUUAUACAAAAAGGUGCACUCCUCCCACCACGACCACAUAAUCAACCACUCGAUCCCCGAAUCGACGUUCCGCUGCAUCACCGUCGGCAUCAUAGGCGUGGCUCUAUUCAUCAGCUUGUUGAUCCCAAACAUUGAGCUAGUACUGGGCCUGGUCGGGUCCACUAUAGGAGUCCUCAUAUGUGUCGUGUUCCCUGCUGCUUGCUUCGUCAAUGUGACCUUUAAGAAUACGAAUGAAAGGGUUUUGGCUAAGGGCAUCCUAGUCCUAGGUCUAGUGAUAAUGGUACUAGGAACAUACGCCAACCUGCAAGCAGCAGAGACGAGCAUCGAGCGAUAUGACGACAAAUACACGCAGGAGAGAAUCGACAAGAUCGUAGAGGACUUCUUCGAGAGCAGGGUCAAAGAAGAUAUGUAUUUAAAUCAACCGCAAAAUGAUUUACAAAAUGAAGUUCAAAAUAACAUAGCAUUAGAAAAAGAAGUAAGAAAAGAUUCAGAAGUACAACCACCGAACCCCGUCCCACCGGAAUCUCAAUCUAACGAGAAAAUAAUUCACGCAAACAAUGUUAUGAAAACAGAAGAGAAAAAGCCACCACCAUUACCCGAGCCUAAAGAAAAUGAAGACAAAGUAUCAGAAACACAUCCAAGGAAUCUGAAAAAUAAACUAGAACAAGCCAAUGGUGCAAGUAAUGGUGAAGCAAAAGCUAAAGAAGUUAAAACACAAUCAAACGAAGACAAAAUAGACAUAAUGAAACAACAAAAACUCAUAGAAACUAUUAAACAACACGGUGAAGAACAGAAAGAACUAAUUAAAGAACAAAAAGAGAUUUUAGACGAAAUAUUGAAGACUAAGAAGGAAUUACAGCAGAAUAAGAACGAAGCUGACGAAGCUAAAGCUAAGAAAAUAGCUGUUGAAAGUAUUAAACAGAUCGCAGAUAUAGCUAUCAAAAGCAUCGGUGGAGUCACAGAGAAGCCUGAUCAAGUCAAAGAUGAUGUUAAAGUAGAACGAUUGGAGAAAAUGACUAAUGAUGCAGUGCAAGAGAUAGCUAAGAAGGCUGUGGAAACUAUAGAGGCUAUACAAGAGAUUAAGGAGAAGCCUGAACAGCCUGCACAGGUUGUAGAAAAUAAACCUGCACAGGCAAUUGCAAACAAUUUGCCAGCACAAGCUGCACAAGCAGCUGGGGACAAUCCUGCACAGGUUAACGGUCAAGUGAACCCUGGAGAAAAUAAACAACCAAGCCAAAACCAACCGCAAGCACCUGCAAAUCCACCAGUUUUAAAUGCUAUACCACCUUUGGUAAAUGGCAAAGUAGAACAACCUAUUGCUGUACCUAAUGCAUUACCACAAGUUGACAAUAUUGUUCAAAAUAACGGAGCUCCCGUACAAAAUAACGUUGUACCAGUAAAUCAAGAAGUUAAACGAGCGAUCAAUGAAGCGAAUAACCCACAAAUAUCAAACAAAAUAAUUGAUAAUAAGGCUCAAAUUCCUGAAGCAGAAGUUAAACAUUCCCAUUCUCCAGACGAACCACAGUCGUAUAAGCAAGGCGAAGACACACAGGGUAAAGCAGAAAAACAAAUUGUUCAAAACGUGCCUCCUCCUAUAGUUAAUGGACUAGGUCAUAAUAAAAUUAAGAUAGAUAAAAAACCAUUGGCUGAAAUUGAUAACAUAAAAUUAAUACCGGCUCAGAGCAAUGGCGUCAAUUCUAACGCACCAAAGGAUCAAGUGAAUGGAAAUCCAGCAUUAGUAAGACCUAAAAGAGAAGUAGUGGAUUGUACGAAAACUAUUUCUCUGAAGCCAGAAGAUAGAGCGAUUUGCAAUGCCAUGGCCGUUAGCAAGGAAUCGCAGGAGAUCCUAAAGAGUGUUGAUAUGAAUGAAAUAGCGUUACCUAAGUCUUUACCUCAGGAUCCGAAUUUAAUACAUCACUUAAGAUCUCUAAAAAGUUUUGAUAAAGAUGAGAGGUAA